UGCCGUGAACGCGCCGCGAGCAGCUCAGAGGCGACCGUGAGACUUGCGUUUCUUUUCACGCCCUUUUAAAAAAAAAAAAUAUAUUUUAUAUUUGCAGGUACAGCGGGGCUGUUAGUCCUCGGAGGGGAGCCUGGGUUACGGGGGGCUUGCUUCUGUAUAUGGACAUUGGCAGUGUGGGGGCGGUUACUGUGACAGCUGUGACCAGCGCGUGUUCACCUGGGGCCCCUAACAAUCCGGCUGUGGGAGCCCUCCUCUCCUGCAUACUGUGCUGUGUUUCUUCAUUGCUGCAUGUCUUGUGUGCAGAGUCCAGGAAAAGUGCAAACCCAACUUCCUGACUUGUUAGGUGGGAUCUGAGCCCCCUCCUCACCGUAUUCCGCCAUUGCCUCUCUGCAUGUAUUUGCAUAGCUAUAGGUCCCAGCAGGCCGUGCUAUAGCUCAGUCUACGCCCCAUACGCCCACAUCCCUGAGAAUGGCCUCAGAAGGGCACAAGCAGCCAAUGGUCAAGUCCAACUGUGAACGCCAGGAAGAUGGAGGUGGUGAGCGCCACAAUCCCACGCCGCUGGCCUCGAGACGCCUGGAAGGAAGCAGUAACAAGGAGAACGACCUGCAGGGAUCUCCUGGGCAGCCUUCAGAAGGCGGCACAAGUGUCCGACCUAAACCCAGUGAGGCCCCGGUGCCAACCUCUAAUCCCUGGACCAAAAAGGCUAACGUGGCCCCUGCAAACAGCACCCUCGUGUUUGUUGGGCGUGAACAUGCGGGUUUGCAGUGUUCACCAAAAAUAGUACGAGCUGGAAAACCUGUUUCUAAGAAGGCUAGUGACUUCAGUGAUAUCACAAACUGGCCAACGCCAAGUGAAACUGCCAGCCAUGGGUGUGAACACUUAGUCUCAAACCAGCAAAACAUAUUGGCUAAAAAGGUGAAGGCCAACGAUAAAAAGACUGAGGCCAAAGAUAACAAAAACAGCAUGGAAAAUUGUGAUGUGGACGUCCAAACUGCUGCUACUAGGAAAAAAGUUUUUAAACAAAAAUGGGUGCCGCUAUGCUUGGAGGAAAAAUCAGAAAAUCAGAGCUCUCACUUGGAGUCACCAAUUCAACCUGAAUCGAGUAAAAAGCCAAAACGAGUACAUUAUAAUAACGGUUGGCAACAAGAAACAAAAAGUGACCAGGAGGAAGUUCUGAGCACCAAAAGUGAAACCAGCAUUAUAAGAGAGAGCUUUAGAGGCAGAUUCAGAGGCAGAGGAAGAGGACGAGGCAGGGGUCCCUAUGGCAUCCGUAGCUUCAGCACAGGUACUAAGCCUUUUCAAGCUGAGCAUUCAGAAAAUAUUACCAGUAUGGUGUAUUAUUACGAUGAUGGAUCUGGUGUCCACGUACAUAAAGUGGAUGAAAAGUUGCUGAAGGAGUAUCUUAAACGUCAGAUUGAGUACUACUUCAGUUUGGAGAACCUGGAAAGAGACUUCUUUCUCAGAAGAAAGAUGGAUUCACAGGGAUUUUUGCCGCUUUCUUUGAUUGCAGGUUUCCAUCGAGUGCAGUCCUUGAGUACGGAUCUCAGUCUUAUUUGUGAGGCUUUAAAGAACAGCACAGAAGUGGAAAUAGUAGACCAGAAAAUAAGGAAAAAAGUGGAUCCCAAAAAAUGGCCAAUUCCAGCUCAAGAACUUAAGCACACAGACUUUUCUAGGUUCAUCAAUUGUCCUGAAUUUAUACCUGGAAAGCUGCAGGUGUAUAGCACAGGAUCUGCUCCUAAUUCUCCAAGAAAGGGAAGUCCUCUAUUUCAGAGAACAGUUAACGAACCAAGCAAUUUACAAACCAUGCCGAAAGGUUUGUCUGCAAGUUUACCAGAGUUAGAUUCUGAGCCAUGGAUUGAGGUGAAAAGGAGGCAUAGAGCAUCUCCAGUAAAACCAAAGGUGGAAUGUUCUCAAGUGACGCCCAAACCCCAAGCAACUGAAGAAGUUGAGCAAGAAGAACUUGACUUCAUGUUUGACGAGGAGAUGGAGCCUUUACAGGGUCGCAAAAACAACUUCACAGAUUGGUCUGAUGAUGAUUCGGAUUAUGAAAUUGAUGAUCAAGAUGUUAAUAAAAUCCUUAUUGUAACACAGACCCCUCCUUAUAUGAAAAAACAUCCAGGAGGAGAUCGCACUGGAAAUCAUGUGUCUAGAGCCAAAAUGACCUCAGAACUAGCAAAGGUUAUAAACGAUGGUCUUUAUUAUUACGAGAAGGACUUAUGGACUGUAGAUGAUGGAGAUCACCUAGUAACAAAGCAGGACAUAGAACAUUUCAAGAAACUGAAUUUCAUCAGUAAAGAAGAAUUUGACAGUCUUGCACCAGAAACACUGACUGGUCCAGAGGUCGAGCAAUCCCCACCAAAUAUUCCUGCUUUUCCUGAAGUUGUUCCAGAAUCACCAGUGUCCCACCCUUCCAGAACACCCAAGACCCCACGUACUCCACGUCUGCUAGAUCCUACUAAAACCCCAAGGUUUUACCCUGUUGUGAAAGAAGCCAAAUCGAUUGAUGUCCAGACUCCAAGAAAGAGGAAGACCCGGCACAGUUCAAAUCCACCUGUUGAAUUUAAUGUUGGUUGGGUAAUGGAUUCCAUGGAACACAGACCAAGAACAUCUUCUGUCAGCAGUUCCAAUGCUUCUCCAUCAGAUGGGACUCUGCUUGUAGGGAGUUAUGGCUGCACCCCUCACUCUCUCCCCAAGUUCCAGCACCCUUCUCAUGAACUGUUGAAAGAAAAUGGAUAUACACAGCAGGUGUACCAUAAGUAUCGGCGGAGGUGCUUAAAUGAAAAAAAAAGGCUGGGCAUCGGUCAGUCACCAGAGAUGAACACACUAUUCCGUUUCUGGUCCUUCUUUCUCAGAGAUCACUUCAACAAAAAAAUGUAUGAGGAGUUUAAACAUCUUGCUGUGGAAGAAGCCAGAGAUGGCUACAGGUAUGGGCUGGAGUGCCUGUUCAGAUUUUAUAGCUACGGACUGGAAAAGAAAUUCAGACCAGACAUAUUCAAGGAUUUUCAAGAAGAGACUCUGAAAGAUUAUGAAACUGGUCAGCUAUAUGGGUUAGAGAAAUUUUGGGCGUUCCUCAAAUAUGCUCAAACCAAAAAUGUGCCUGUAAACCCUACAUUACAGAAUCAUCUGAGCAAGUUCAAGAGGCUGGAAGACUUCAGAGUUGAUCCACCAAUAGCUGAAGAAUCUGGACGACGCAGACAGCCAUCAAAUUCUGCAAAUGAAGAGACUGGCCGUCGCAGGCACCGCUCAGGGUCUUCAAAGACGGGUGCUACAACCAAACAAUCAUCUGCUAUGCAUUCUCAGGGUACCCACAAGUAGACAGUCGAUUGCUGGGUUAAGACCUGAGAAAAUGCAUUUAGAAAAAUUGACUCCGGGGUCUACACCCAAGCUAACUGAUAAUCCAGGGCUUUUUUUGCUUGAAGUGCUUGUGAUAUUUGUGGAAGCUUGAGCAGCAUGACCAGGGCAAGCAAUGAAGUUCUUAGUGUGUCUAGUUCUAACUACUUAGACCUCCUAUGAUAAUGAGGAUCAAUCUCUGUAUGGAUUAUACACAUUAUAAUUUUACCUUCAUGGCCCACAACUUUUCCUCUAUAUCCUAAAAGUGCAGUUACAUUUGGAAAUCCAGUUGUUUUGAUAAUGAGAACCACAUUUCCAUAAACAAUCACAGCAGUGCUUUGGAAAGGUAACGUGGUUUUCAUCAUAGAUUCUUUAAAAUAUGUGAAAUCUAAAUGACGUAAUUUCUAUAAGAAUAUUUAAUAACAUUGCUAUAUCAUCAGAAUUAAUGCCAAUCAUGUAUAAUGACUAUCUCUUGUUAGUCAAUUAUAUUUCAUAUGCAGUGUUGCUUGAUAUUCUUUUCAGUAAGAAAUAUGGGCUAGCCAUAGGUCAUAAUUUUCACAUGCAGACUUGACUUGUGAUUAUUUUUAUUUUGAGGUGUGUUUUUUUUUUUUGUUUUUUUUUAACAAAAUAUUUCUAUAAUUUUAAUAGUUUUAAUUUUUUUUUUGUGUGUUAAAGUGAAUAUGUUCCCUAGAAAAUAGGGCUUUGUUUUUGUUUAAACAUGUAGGUGCUGAUUUUAGUUUCUCUUAUUUUUAGACUCUAGAAUAGAGCGUUUUACCUCCCCGCGUAAAAAUAGGAGUUAAAUGAUAACAAUUUGGCUACUGGCAACGUAGGAGUGUAUUUUAUACUGUUUAUUCAUUAAAGGGGUUGGCCAAUUUAGACUUCAUUGCCUAACGAUGCUAUACACGGCCUCGUUUGCUGAAUUUAAGUGUACAUGACUAGUUACUGUCCCCCAUCUGUGAUAGAGAAGGCCCUUACUGCACAGUAUUGGCUGUGUAAACAUACAGGCUGGGCAUCCUCUGCCUCUAUAGGAUGCAAGCUGGCGGUGGUCAUGUUCAUGUGACUGCUUAUUACAGCUGUUCCUGGUCGCUAGUACUUUGGAGCUGAACGGCAUGUGGACACAUCAGGUGCAUGUACAGCUUUCACGUAACAGAAUCUCUUGUAUCUGCGCAUGUGCCGGACUAAUAUACUUGCUGUUAACCACCUGUGCUGAAGUACUGGAAUUCCAGAACAGCCCGAGGAAACGGUCACAUCGCAGGUGCAAUCUUGCAUCCUAUAGACGUGGAGGAUGCCCGGCCUUUACGUUUACACUACUGAUACCAGGGCAGUCGGGGGACCUAUACGAUCACAUCUGCAGUACGGUACAAAGUCAUACAUUGAGCAAACUGUUUAAAGGUGCCGCAGAUCACCCAAUGAACAAGCAAAACAGUCUCAUCAGGCAAAUUCAUCCUCCAUGUCGACACUUCAAUCUCUAUUCUGCCCAGGAACAAUAAAUCUGUUUGAGGACAAACAAUGGCAGUUCCCAUCGCUUGUCUCCAUACAGUGGAGGUGAUUGCUGCAUGUAAAUGCGUCUCUUCCCCUCCACUGACAAGCAGGCAGUUAUCAGGAACGUAUGUUCCCUUCCUGAUAAUUGUCUGCCCCAUCAGGCCAUCUAAAUCCACCUGAGAGGAUUAAACCUAAAAUGUCCAACCCCUUUCAACUCAAUAGUGACCGAAUAUGCAGUAAGUGAAGCUUCAUGUAGUGAUGGGUGCAAGCGGCUAUCCUUUUUUUUUUUUUUUUUUUUUCUUUAUUCUUUUUUCUUUAUUCUUUUUAUUUACCAGGUAUGAAGAUAUGUUAAGAAAUCAUUCAGCGCAGAAUAUUAGACCUAAUAAUAAAAUGGUGUUAAAGGGUGGACAUUCAUUUUAAAAGUUCUAGUAUAUCGCACACCACACAGUUAUCUUACAAAUGUAUUUUUGACUUUCAAUGUCUUAAACCAGUAAAUACAGUUGGUUCAUGGAGUAUUUCUUUACAUUUUAAACUCUUGCUUUAUAUUGCAUGUAACUGAGAAAUGUAUGUCUGCAUUAAUUGUAUAUAGAAAUGACUGAGGCAUAAAUGAUUUGGUUUGCAAUUAAGUGACAAAAUGUGUGAAAUUGUCGCAAUUUUUAAAAAUAAAAAUAAAAAAUAUAUU